CUUUAUCUCUGAAUCUGAACUAAGAUGGAGUAAUUUUAUCAUAUAUUUUAGAGAACCCGAGAAUAUUCAAGAAUCAAUCAUUUUCUUGGAUUUUAAGAGUGUGUAAUGAAUAUAAAUAGCAUGAAUAAAAAAGAAGAUAAACAUCCUUUAAAUAAUAAUAUAUUAAAUUUUCUUAUUUUUGAGUGAAUGACAUUUCAGAAACGGUCGCUGCGUUCCUGUCAGUCAAAAAAAGAGGAAAUUUCAUCAUAGUUUGCUAACGAUACCGGUUCAUGAUUCUACACUACGCGUAUAAUAUCUUUAAAUUUAAGAAAUGGAAAUUAUUAUUGUUUAUUGGAAUUUCUUGCACUCUUCUCUUAAUGAAAAAUGUAGUUACACAAUAUCUAUAUCCUUCUGUAACACAAUUAGCGGAAAUACAUAAAUGCCCAGCUUGUUAUGGAGCUUCUGUGUGCCACAAUGUUCACAAAAUAAAUAUUUCAUGGCGUAUUAGUACAAUAUUAUUUUAUUUGUAUGGAACUGAAAGUGUGUUUUUUGGUGCAUACAAUCAGAACAAGGUAGUAUUGAAAAAAUUAGCGCCACCUUCGGAAUUGGAAGCAUUUGACAUUGUGUAUUGUAAGAAAUUCUACUUGGAAUAUCCUUGCUCAAAUGUCUCCAAGAAGAAAUUAAACAGACAUAUAGCAGAUUUUAACGAUCUUAUCAAAAAGAUAAUUACCUCUGAUUUCUCUGAAGAUGAUUCUAGUCGCUUGAGACUUUGUCCAACAACGCGACAUAUAGAUGAUUUAUUUCACAAUAUAUAUCUCAACUAUAAGCAUACUAAUCCCAUAGAAUAUUUAAUUAAUCUUUGGACAUUGGUUUCUAUAAAUCCAGAACCACUAAUCCUGCAGAUAUUACCUGCUGAAAAUGGUUGGCCAGUGCCAAAAUAUUUUGGAGCAUGUGGUCGAAUUAUUAUAGCGGAACAUGUUGGAUUAACUCUUGCAGAUUAUUUUGAUAAACCUUGGAUACAAAGAGCAAGAAUAGCCUCAAGUCUUUUAAAUGCUGCUUAUAUGUUUACUUUUAAGAACGAAAAUUUCAGCUUUUAUUUAACAGAUGUAACAGCUGAUAAUAUUGCAGUUGAUCACAAUGAUGAAGCCAAAUUUAUUGAUUUAGAACAUAUCAUUAUUGUUGACAAAAAUAUCUCUCCAAAAAAAAAAUCAGAGGAAUGGCAUGCAUUGCAGGAAAACAGAAUGCAUCUUGAUUGUCCUAAUUGCUCUGCAUUUUCUCCUAAGGAGAUUUGUAAUCAUUAUCUGAGUGAUCACAAUUAUUAUGUGAUUUGUCAGCUCCUAUUAGGUUUAGGAAAUGAAAACUCAUUUCCUGGGUUUCUUCACGACAUACCUGUCGACAUUCAAUGGCAAUCUGCAAAUAUCGAAUAUCUGUUGCAACAGUGUGCUCUUCCUACCUCGAACGAUUCUAGAAUAAUUUUCGGCCAGCAACUCAAGGCAUCUUUGGACACAUUAUUGAAAAAAUGAUCUCAUCGCGUGAAUCUAAAGUUAAAUUGAUUAAAAAGAAUUUGAAUCAAAAUUGAAUAUAUAUGGGGAAGAUUAUAAAAAGAACACCUGCAGUAUUCUUUCUGUUUUGUUAUUUUGAUUUUUAUUAAUAUUUUUCAGUUAGCGAUAAACUAAUGACAACUAUUAUGUACUC